AUGGUCAAAGUUCAACUAACAACGGGACGCAUCGACUUCCACGCACACUGCGUUCCUCCUUCGUAUCGUGAAUAUUGCCUUGAGAAUGACUUCGCAGGCAGAGGACAUCCGGAUGGAAUGCCAGCAAUCCCAGAAUGGGACCCUGUCACCCAUAUUCAAAUGAUGAAAAACCUCAACAUCAAAAAAUCCGUUCUGAGCAUGUCUUCCCCUGGUACAAACCUGACACCAGGCAAUGACGCGGAAGCCAGAUCUCUGACUCGACGGGUCAAUGAGGAUUUGUCCAAAAUUUGCAAGGAGCAUAAAGAGCAUUUCCUCUUCUUUGCUUCUCUUCCACUGCCUGACGUUGAGGGUUCACUCAUCGAAAUUGACUACGCCCUUGAUCACCUGGGUGCAGUGGGAUUUCAAAUCCUGUCCAACUCCCACGGCAUAUAUCCCGGAGACAAGAAGUUUAGUCGCGUCUUUGAUAAGCUCAGCGAGAGAAAAGCAACUGUGUUCUUCCAUCCUACUAGUUGCCAUAUUCAGGACGCGCAGACCGGAUCCGUGCAACGAAUCACUCCGAAUCCUGGAAUCCCUAGCCCUGUGAUGGAAUUUAUGUUCGACACUAGUCGAUCUCUGACUAGCCUGAUAAGUUCUGGCACGGUGACAAGAUGCCCCGGCAUCACCUUUCUGGUCUGCCACUGCGGUGCCACAUUCCCUCCUAUUAUUGCUCGGAUUGCGGAGCUUUCCAAAUUCCUUUUUGCGAAUGCAGAAGCGAUAUCCGACCAGGAUAUCAAGGAACUUCUACAAACUCGAUUCUAUUUCGACUUGGCAGGUGUUCCUUUUCCAGAUCAGAUUCAUGGUAUGCUUCGUGUUGUCGACUCUUCUAGACUUCUGUAUGGAAGUGAUUAUCCGUAUACACCUCUGGCGUCUGCGGAGGAUUUGAAUCGCCGACUGGAGGCUGGUCUGGUGAAGGAUUUUGGCUCAGUGACGGCACAGCAGAUUCUUUGGGGAAAUGGGGAAGAGCUUCUAUGCAGUAUUCCUAACGCUAGCUAUCAAUAG